UCUUACUCACAAAAAUACACUUUCUUUUGCUGUUAUUUUGGUUUGUUGAAGCUCAAAAGGAGUUUCUAAUUUCGGAAGAUGCCAAAAUGGAUGCCAUGAAAUUGGACAAAGAUCUGAUAGACAAUCUUAAGGAAUAUUUACACAAGCUGGAAGAGAAAAUCAAUAAACUUAGCAGAAUUGCGGAGGAGCUGAGACAGCCAUUGAAGGCAGCUGAGGGAGUGGAAGAGGAGUAUUUGUCCAAUCCUUUGCAUAGCUUUCCUCUCAUACGACACAUGUAUCAGGAUUGGAAAAACCUGGAGGAGUUUAUGCAGAGGCCAGUGGGAGAAGAACAAAUCCAUUUUCUCCAAGAGAAAUUACCAGAAUUACCUCUAAAGUCAGACCGCGAUGAAGCCACUGAGGCCAUGUAUAGAAUGGCCAGGACCUACAAUGCCACACCUUUGGAAAUGACUCAUGGUCUCAUUGAUGGCAUACAGUACAGAAACACUCUAACAGCUUUGGAUUGCUUUGAGUUGGGAAAACUUUACUUUAAAUGGGACUUUCCUGAAGAAGCUGCUCAAUGGUUUAAUAUUACUUUGAACUUUGAUUUAGAAGCCAGGAAGGAUGUUGAGGUAAUGGGCUUGCAUCAAAAGGACUUGGUUUUGCUACUAACUCGUAGCCUUACAGAGAUGGGUGAGGAUGAUAAAGCUCUCAAUGUCCUAGAAAAACAGCCAGAUCUAGCCGAGAACCAUACUUCAUUGCUGAAAUUUUAUAAAGCCAAUUUGAAUGAUCCCACAGAUGACUUACCCUAUCUUUCGGAAUCCUACUCAAAGUUGUGCCAAUCUUCGCAUGUUCCAAGUCCUUCGAGACUCCAUUGUCGCUACAAUAGCACCACUUCACCCUUUCUGAUUCUGGCUCCAUUGAAAAUGGAGGAAAUCUCGCUUGAUCCUUAUAUUGUGGUUUACCACGACAUCUUGUCAGUGAAACAAACUGUAAAGAUAAUACGCUUUGGAGAGCCAAAAAUGGAGCCAACAUAUAUUUUCACACCCAAGUUAGGUGCAAUUAAGCAUAAAGGACGAACCGCUGUGGGAUCCUGGCUUUAUUCCGAAGAUUUCGACUUACCAGAUUCACCUUUCCAUAAUUUAUUUGAUGUAAUUCGGGAUAUCACUGGAUUAAAUAUCGAUGACAGCAUUGAGAUUCAGCUUCUUAAGUACGGAUUCGGGGCUCAUUACGGUCCACAUCCUGACUUCUUCAAUGGAUCUGCUCCAGAUAUCAGCAGUGAGGGGGAUCGCAUUGCCACUGUCCUUUUUUAUCUUAAUGAUGCACCCCAUGGUGGGGCCACUGCCUUUACGGACAUAAAUAUAAAAGUUCCGGCUGAGCGGGGAAAGGUUUUGUUUUGGCAUAAUCUAAAGGGUGAAACUUAUGAUCUUGAUUUACACACCAUUCAUUCAGCAUGUCCUGUAUAUCAGGGUUUCAAAUUUGUCAUGACUGUUUGGAUACGCGAGUUUAAUCAGAUGUUUAUCAAACCAACUUACCGCAAGGGAAAUCGUAAAUUUUUCUUUGAUGUUUAAAAAUAAAACUUUUUUGAAUAUACAA